GGGCGGGGCGCGGGGCGGGGCGGCCAGCGGAGGAGGAAGCCCAGGAAGUGACACCAGCAGCUGGUGCGAGGUUCUCUGCUUCUGUGGCCGAGGUCGGAGACUUCCUGCGGGGGCCGCCGGGUUCUCGUCCCUGGGCGAUGGAGAACGGAGCGGUGUACAGCCCCACCACCGAGGAGGACCCCGGCUCCUCCCGGGGCGCCCGGCGUGGCCUCGCAGCCCUCUUCUCCCUGGGGCGGCUCCCGCUGCCCCGCCGCGUCCUCAAGGGCUUGCAGCUGCUGCUGUCUCUGUUGGCCUUUGUCUGUGAAGAAGUUGUAUCACAGUGUACUUUGUGUGGAGGACUGUACUUUUUUGAAUUUGUGAGCUGCAGUGCCUUUCUUCUGAGUCUCCUUUUCCUGAUUGUGUAUUGUACUUCAGUGUACAACAGAGUCGAUGCUAUAAAAGUGAAAUCAUCGGAUUUUUACAUUACGCUGGGAACAGGAUGCGUAUUUUUGUUGGCAUCUAUCAUCUUUGUCUCCACCCAUGACAGAACCUCUGUUGAAAUUGCUGCAAUUGUGUUUGGCUUUAUAGCAAGUUUUAUGUUCCUCUUCGACUUCAUUGCUAUGCUUUGUGAAAAGCGGCGGGAGUCCCAGCUAAGAAAACCUGAGGCCCCUCCAACAGAAGCCCUCACUGAGCCACUGAAUGCAUAGACUGUGGGAGCAGCUGUUACAGAAGAGAGCGACUCUUCUUCAUGAGGCCUGAAUGCUGGCAGGAGGCCUUGUAGAGUGUGUGCAAUUGUUUAAACCACUUGUUUUGAAGAGCCAGGGGAAGGGCAGGAAGCGUUUUAUCAAUGUUGAGCUGUGUGUCAACUUAAGCCCACGGGUAUUUUUUAAAAGUCGUUUUUUAAAAUAACUAUUGAAAUUUGUCUCAAAUGCAUGUUUUUAAAAUGGAGAGGAAGACAAUUUCUUUAAAUCACAUAGCUCAGAUGAUUAUAAAUAAUUCUGUUAUUCUGUUACAGGGCGUUCUCUUUCUAGGCUUAGCCUCCAAAUUGUGCUUUAUAGCUGUAUAAACAGCUUGGUUAUAUUCAUCCUUCAUUUUUAAAUUAAUUUGUAUAACUAUUAGCUUGUUGGUGAUUAUAUUGCAUUUGUUAAUGGAGACUUAAUGUAUAUUUAAGAAAUCAAUAUUUGAAAUGUUUGUUCAAUUUUCUUCCUUAAUAUAUAAUACUUGGCUUUAUUAUAUCUCACUCAGCCUUAAAAUUAUAUAUGGUGACAUUUUAAGAUAAUUAUUAACACUUUCUGAGAAUUUUGUGUAGUCUGUAAUACAAAAUGUAUGGGGGGUGUUGGUAUUUUUUUGGGUAUAAAGGCAACAACAUCAGCAACAUCAUGUUUAUAUUGCACUUUGGUUGUUGAGAUCAAGUUUUUUUUAAAAAGAUUAUUAUGUAACACAUAGAAAAAUGGAAGAAACUGAUGUCACACCUAAGGACCAAAGAUGAGAAGGAUGGACUUUUUUCUCAGUACAGUGAAAAUAAUUAUAAAGACAGGCUUCAGCUGCUUACCGUGGUUGUGAAGAGUAAAUUCAUGCUGUGAGUUAAAAAUAGUUUAUCACCCUUGUUGGCACAUAAUGUUUCUACUUAAGUUGACUCAGCUCUAUGGGUCCUCUUUUAUGUGUUCUCUUGGAGCCAAUCUUUUUAAAACUCCAGCCUUUUUUUUCAUUUGUUUGUUUUAUGUCUUAUCAGAAUGGUCCAUGUUCUGCUUCAUCAGAGAUGAAGGGCAGAGAUGGGCCUGUGGUUCUUUUAUUGUUGUCUGUUGUCUAAAGGUGGUUCAGAAUCUUUAAUUGUGAAAAGUGUGUAGUAGGAGCUGUAGAGUCCUCAUUCCCAUGUGGGUGUUGCUGUAGUUUCUCUCAGGAAGAGACAUCUUAAAAAAGUGAAUAAGCAGUAGCCCUGCCCAGAUUAACAGUGGAGUAGUCAAACAAUUCUCAAGAGACUUUGUAACCAGUUCUGAUAAUUUGGAAGAAUUGCUUGUUGUUGUCAGUCACACAGGCAAGGCUCUUGGGAUGGGACCCUUCUGCCCAAGUCAUAUAAACUAGGCUUUUCUUGUCCUUCUCCUAGAGUUUAGAUCCAGAACUCCAGUAUUAAGAUGAUAAACCCGUAUGUUGGGCUCUUCCAGUGCUAUAAUUUAAUAACCUCAUUCUUUUUAGUAGUUUCUCAUCUGCCAUUUAUGUUACAGAUGGGUGUAAGUUGCUUGAAGGUGGCUAAGGUGGGUCUCAGAAAUUGGUAAGUGUGGGCAGACAUCUGCUGUGUUAGUAGCUUAUCCGUUUAUCAGUCUGUGUGCUAGUAGUAGUGGUGAUGUCAUCUCUGCCUACUUGGAAGAUAAUGAAACGAAUCAUGGGUGCCAUGUUUACUGGGAUAUUUACUUAAGAUGGAGGAAAUAGCUGGGUCUUUGCUCUUAAGAAAGGCUGAUUCAAAGAUCAACAAUUUGUGGUAGGUAGUUGUAGAAUUUCACAUCAAACUGCACUGUUGUCAUUUUAAUUGUGAUGUAGACUCACCUAGAAUUCACAGCAAACCAUCUGGGCUACUUCAGGGUCACCAUAAAAUACCUGAGAUAAUCAGCUUAAAAAGAGUAAAAAGAUUUAUUUUGGCUCACAGGUUGGAGGGUUCAGUCUGUGGUUGGCUGGCUCUUGCUUUUGGGCCUGUGGUAAAGCAGUGUAUCAUGGUGGCGGAGUGUGUGGUGGAGCAAAGCUGCCUACCUCGUGGUGCCUGGGAAGCAAAAUGGGAAAAGGAGAAGAGAGCCCUCUUCAAAGAUGUGCCGCUGUUGACUCCAGACCUCCCAGUUACCCCCACCUUUUAACAUUUCCACCACCUCUUCAUAGUGCUGCUCUGGGGAACAAACUUUCACCCCAUGCUCCUUGGGGACAUUCCAGAUGGAAACUGCAGUACUGCCCAUGCAUUGGGCCUAGUUAGCAUUGACAGACUUAUUCUCAGCUGGCUUCACACAUGAAGCUUAAACUCCCUUACUCUGAGGCUUCUCAAUUUGUCUCAUUGGUGCAAAAGUACACCUCAUUGUUAACUACUUAAUUCUUUUCUUUUUAGAAAGAUAAAUUGUUCAGUUGUGUUUGAUCACUCUUACAACUGUCUUUCACCUUGUUUCUUAUGGGACCCAUGCUUGGUUAGCUUCUCUUUUAUUAUGGAAGGAAGGAGGAAUAAAUACAUCAUUUUAAGGCUGGGGAUAUAGAGCUCAGUGGUGCAGUGCCUGCCUGGCAAGCAUGAGGUCCUAAUUUCAAUUCCCAGUACCAAAGACAAAAAGAAAGUUGUUUAAGAAGACCAUUUUAGUAAAUAAAUUCAGGAAGAAUGUGGGACCAGAAACUCUUGUUAUGUACAGAAAAGGAUAACCUCAAUAAACUCAAAAUAAUUUUGUAAUUAGCAGUUAUGAUAAACUUAAUUCAUAAUAUUUUAUAUAAAUUGUUUAGAAUGGUUCUUAAGAAUUAUAAGGGAAAUAUACUUACAAUGCAAAAAUUUUAUAAAUACUAUGCUUAAAUUAUUUGGGAAUUGGGAGAUGUAUUUUUACAUUGUUUAUAUCCAAUCAUUUUUGUAUUUUUCAAUUUAAAUCCUGUGGAUCAUUUUAUCUCUCCUAAUGUCAAAUUUUAUAGUCCUUAAAUAAAUUCAUUUAAUUGAAAUGUU